AUGACAGCUGCACCACCAGUGCAUCACCCUGGCCCAGAGACUGGGAUGCCCGGCCAUCUGGUCAACCAUAUGCCUCGCUAUCAUCCCAUUGCCAUGAAUCCCAAUCCGCCUCCACACCAAAUGCCUCCUCCAGAACAGAUGAUGCAGAGCCACCAUUUCCGUCAUUUCGCGCCACCCAUGCAUGAACAGCAUCCUCCGCAGGGAGUCCCUCCUGUACCCACUCCAGCUUCUCUGGAACAUAUCGAAGCUCGACUACGGCAUUUAGAGCAUGAGGAAAUGGCCCGGAAUGCUACUCGUAGUCGUGUUCUGGCAAUGCGCAAACAAGAGGACGAGGAAUUCCGGGCAAUGACGGAACGGGCUGAGGCCGAGGAAGAGGAUCUUCGAAGACAACGCAAGAAGUUAAAGAGAGAAUCUAUGGGUCUGGGCCUCAACGCCGUGACCGAUUCGCCGCCUCUACGGCCUACACCACCUCGCCGGUUAUCAGAGACCAGUGCAGCAACUACAUUGGCUUUCUUCAAACAGCAGAGUCCCCCCGAACCGCGCCAAACACCUCUACCACCUUCAUCACAGCCACCACCCUCAAUGCCACCACCACCACACAUGCACGCGCAACCCCAUCAUCAAGCUCCCCCACAACCCCCACCAUCCCAGCAUCAGCACCCAAUGCUUCCCCACGACUCAAUACACAGUGCAGGCUCCAUCCGCCGCAAACAAAAGUACACCAUCAAAAACGUAGAAGCAUGGGGCGAGCGUCACGGUCGACCAGCAGCCCACGACCCCUCCGGACGGGCAUUAUGGAAGCGUCCAUCUGACGGAAGCCUAGUAUAUCUCACCUGCCCGAUUCAAGGCUGCGGGAAAUCCGACUUCGUCACCCUCCACGGCUUCAUGUGCCACCUCACCAAGAAACACAAAGACCGCACUCUGGGCAGCCAAUCCCGCGCCCUCGAAGUCUGCGGCGUAGUGUACGACCCGAACGCCCCCCUCCCACCAGUCAUGAACCACCGCGCCUCGACAGAAGGAAGCCCGCUGGGCUCAACCAUGGACCCCGAGGGCGAGCCACACGACGAGGAGAUGGACUCCGACUCCGAGGGCGAGAUGGAGCGCGAAGCCUCCUACCGCGUCAAAGCAGAAGUGCUAGAUCGGUUCAUGCCCGACGCCGAGGGCACACCCAUUGAUUCGGCGGCAACACCCCCCAAACCGGCGCAAUCCGCAUCAACCAAGCAAUCCAUCUCGUCUAUUAUCGACCGCACCCCGGACACCGAACCCAGAGAGGCGCUGGCUACCCUGCCGCCCUCGGAAUCUGUUCAGGGCCCCUCACCUACACCCACUGAGUCGUCUGUGCCAGCCAAGCGCAAGUACGAGUUCUCGCCGCCGACAGCGGAAAAAGAGAACGCGGAGCCUUAG